UAAGUGGGAAAAAUGGUCAUAAGCCACUUUUUUCAGUGCUGUUGUAACUUUGAAUGGUCACUAAACAAACUAUUAUAAGUCGAGGACUACCUGUACUUUCUGCCCACCAUUUUUUUCAGAACAUACAAAAAUAUGGCACUUUCAUUUGCCAAAGAACAGCUGAAGACACUCUUGCCCUUUGGAAUCUUUUUUGAAAGGGUUUUGAUGCCUUGAGCUACAUCCGUCAUCCCCACCAGCAGGAAUGGAAGCAAAACACAGUUGUCCUGAGGAAUGCUUCAGGCUAGAGAUUACCUUUUCUGACUUAUAUGGGAACUCAAUGUGAAAGCAUGAGUUUAAAUCAGGUCAGAACUAAAGGAACAAGGUAUUAGCCAAUCUCAACCCAUCUCAAAUUACUCGGGGCUGCUGAAAUUCCUAUGCAUGAGUUUACUUGGACUUUAAAAUGGAUCUUUACUUACAGACUUUCCAAUGACUCCUAAGAAAGAGGCGCUUGCCUCUUACUGGAUGUGGAUAAAUAUGACCUCACAAAUUUGUGGUAUCUGUGAAGCUUUAAAAAAAAAUCUUUGUGGCAAACUGCUUGCAAAUUCAUGCAUAGGAAUUUCAAGGCUUUGGACAAAAUCCUCGCCAGCAUAAAUUGCUCAUCGUUGCCCCUGGCAGGGUGUCUGUGCAGAUGACCCAAAAAGUCAAGAUGUAGCCACAGCCGUAUGAUCAAAGCCUUUACCUUUUUUACAUGCAUUGAGAAGAGGGGAGUGUUUCAACUGCAUGAUUAUGAGCACCAUCUUGACAUUUUUGACUGCUCUCCUGGCAGAUACCUGGGGCCCAUGGUAUACCUCCUAAAAGGCAAACUAAGAAUGCAGAAACAGUGAGCUGUUGAAAUGAUGGCAAGAUCUGGAUCAUUUCUAUUUCAAACCAUGGAAACAUGCUUCCCUUUUCUCUAUUUGUCCUCUUCCCAAAAAUCACCUUAUUUUUACACUGCGAAGCCUCAAUUUUUUUUUAAAAAAAUGAACCACUUGAAAAACAUACAUAACUUAUUAUACUAAUUUUCAUUCCUGCAACAUCAUGGAGACCAGUGCUGAACAAUCAUGGGCUAGAACUUUGUUGAUUAGCUUAUUUGAUAGUCUAGUCUGGUUGAAACAGCCUCAGUUUCCAUCAUCAGAAAAUUGUUUAUAAUCAAGUGAAAUACUAGUUAACUUCAACUAUUCUUCAACUACUGGUACACCACAGUUUGUAAGUUUUUUUUUUCCAGUAAGAUUACAUUUCCUAGGUAGUGUUGUAAAAAAGAUGUUCACUUUAGUUUGUGGUUAAGAACUCCUUAAAAUAUACAAAACAUUUACCAGUGUUUAUAAAUGGUUUUCUGCCAUAUACUGUAUUGUAUGCUUUAGCCAUCAAAAUACCCACUCCUAAGUCUGUGAUUUAAGCCUUAAAAAAAAAAAAAAAAACCAAACUGCCACAAAUUCAUUGUGUAAGCCCGAAAUAUGAACUCUUCUAAAUUAAACAUUAUGUGGCAAAAAUUACAGAUGAGUGGCUCACUUAGGGAAUGUCAUUACCCAGGCCUCCAUCAAGCAAAGCAUAAUAGAUUUUCAAUAUCCUGAGAAGAAAGUUUCAUGGCAUAGUCUAGAACACCUACAUGAAAAGAGAGAAUGUAGAGAGAGAAAAAAGGCAUUUAAAUAGCAAUGAAAAAGGGAGAAACAAAAAGAUGUAGGAAAAGCUGGAAAAAAUGAAACGAUGAAGAACAGAAUGUUGCUACGAAAGGGGAGGAGGAAAGGAUUGCCAAGCGGAGAAAACACUCAUCAAAGUUACAUGAGGAAGAAGAAAAAGCUUGACAUCCUAAGAGAAAAGAAGACAUACAUCGAGAUGCAGCUGUGCAUCCUGACUUUUGCUAGCAAUCUUCAUCCACAGGAUUGACCUCUGGGUGAGAAAGGAUCCUCCCCUACAGAGUUAAGAGAAUGGCUGGCAGUUUCAUUUCUGGAGGAACUUCCAAAGUUCAAGGUCUAUCUUCAGAAUCUUUCUAUACUGUAUCUGUAAAAGCAAGCGUUGCAGGAGAGCUCAGACGGCUUCUGAUGUCCCUCAGUCCCAACCUAGAUGAUGACACCAAAAGGAUGACUCUUCGUAAUAUAACUCAGUGUAUCUGCUUGAAGGAAUCUGAGGCAAAUGGUUGCACCAAUGAUGACAUAAAAUUAGUGGCCUCUUUCCUGGAUGAUAAGGAUAAAGAGACUAAAACUGAGACCUUGAACGCCCUCAAAGCCUUCACUGCCGUCUGGAAGUUUAAAAUCAAAAUCCAGGAAUAUGUCCCCAAAAUCAUUGAGACUGUGACAAGCAACUGGGACAACAAUCUGCAAAUAGCUGGUUUGAAGCUGCUGAAUGGGUUGCACAUACCAGACUACACACACACAUUAUUGAGAACACAGCUUACAAACUUUAUGGACAUUCUGCUCACCGCAAACACUUUAACCAAGAUACAAGUUCUCAAAUUUCUUGGUACACUCAUUGAGAAGAAAGACUUCCUAUAUGACAUCAUGAAUUGUCAGGCACCCACUGACUUCCUGAACCUCUUCCAGACGUCUCAACCUGGGAAUCUGCUUUAUGAGAUGUUAGUACUUCUGGAAAGACUUAGCGAAGGGCGCCAGUCUCCACAGUACCUGUCAAUGCAGUGGGACUAUAACAAAAACUCCCUCCAUGAAAUCAUCUUUGGUGACAAUUCCCGCCUUUCUGAGCGCUUGUUGGCUCUCAUUGUCCAUCCUGAAGAAGACGUGCAGACUCAGGCUUGCAAAGUGAUCCUCAGCCUGAAGAUAAACAAGGAAGAGAGCAGGAUCAGUAGCGGGCAUACUCUGGGGUCUGAGCCCAGUGCUUAUCCUCUUGAAUCCACCAGACAAAGCCAGAUUGCCAAUGCCUCCCUUGUUGACCAGCCUUUAGUUCCAACCACUGAGUCUUCCUCUGAUACUUCUCACAUUGAAAAUGGUGGCAGCUUUCACCCUCUCAUGGGCACUGAUGAGACUAGUGGCGGAAGCUUUCACCCUCUCCUGGGCACCGAUGAGACCGGCCAUAGUUUUUCUCCCCUUCAGAGAGCCAAUCAUAGCUUCCACCCCCUUCCGAAUGUCAGUGUGGAGGGCAGUGACCAUGUCCUGGAGGAACCCAUGGGUAGUUUUCACUCUCCUCCCGUUGCUGAGUCAGAAGAAAGUGACAACAGCAUUUGAAUGGGGCAGUUGUACAGAGGAAAAAAGAGACUAAUAAAAUGGGUUGGCAAACAGAAGAAAAUGCCUUUCUGUCUCUAUAUUAAAAAAAACUACAAAAGAGACAGAUAUUCUUGCCUCUCCCAAAUCAGAAGAGCCCUUGUCUGAAGAGUUUUUUUUUUUAAAAAGCAGUCCCUUUUCUGUCACUGAGAGGUGAAUACUGACAGGUGCAAGCAACCUAAACCACUCAUAAAUAGUCUUAAACAGAAACUUGAAUAUUAGUCACCUAUUUUAAAGAAACUCACCAGACUGACUGCAUUUCCUUGGGAACAGGCAGACAAGACAUUGAGGAUUCUGGGGAUAGGUCAGGCCUGGGCCACUUUCUGCAAUGCAAAAACUCUAAACUUGCACCUUUCUUAACACUUCCCUCCAGUCUAACUGGAGAUUCCACCACAAAUAUUAACCAUAACUUCUCUAUUAUGUAUCGGAGCAUUGGAAACAACCUUUCAGUGAUUUCACUCCAAAACUUUCCCAGGUCUUCCCUCUAUGUAUUUUCACAGCCUGAUUAAAUUCCAGCAGAAAGCAAACAAAACCACAAUAAAUCUAGAAAUUCAGUUCCUGCUGAACCUGUUUGUAAAACUGUAUGUUUUCACCAGGAAUGCAAGGAGUCAGGUAGUACUUGUGUCUGAGUCAAUCCAAAAGAUAAAAAUUCCACAAGUCACAUUCCCAAAGAUAAUUGGUUCCAGCUGUAAGUGUUCUCAGGAAUAAAAAAAAAAACAAAAACCAACACAUUACUUCUGUGAAUGAUCUUCCAUCUGAGUGGACUUUGACAACCAGGGUUCCUUUAUUCUUUGGCCAGUGACAGUUGAAACUGAUUUUCCCUGAUGUCUGCUUUCAGCCUUCCAAAGCUUCAGCCUUCCUUGAAUGCCCUUCCCUACGAGCAGCCAUUCUUUCGCCUUUUUUUCCCAUUACUCCCAUGGAUGUCUACAGGAGAGAUAAUGUGGACAUAUGAUGAGGCUGCCAUUUGGUAUAAUCAUGCAAAUGCUGUGACUUACAUACUUGUGUCAUGUGAUGAUGUUAUAUGUAUGAUGAUUCCAUUCUGCUGAUGUGAUCACUUUACCAACCUUGGAAGGAUGGAAGGCUGAGUCAACCUUGAGCUGGUCACAAUCAAACUCUUGGAGUGAGCAGUGAGUCAGCCUGCAGUACUGCAUUCCAAGCACUAUGCCACCAUGGCUCUGAUUCACUAUGGGAUGUCAUCAGCUGCUACCAACAUUCCCCAAACUGGGAGGCCUUGCAUCUACUCCAGCUCAGAAUUCUCCAGAACAGAAUAAGGCCUAGUAAGGUUUGAACCUGUUCUAUCUCUACUGAUACUACUGUUUGGUUUCUGAGUGAAGGAAUUUGUAGGCUUGCUUGUCUUCUGAUUUGGAGUGGAUCUUUGUGUCCUUCUGAAUAACUAUUUCACAAAUGCCCUCAUGACCCUUCCAAAAGAAGUGCUGUGUACCUUUAGGUUGCAGGGAAAAGCACAUAUAUUUUAAGAUGCCACAGGCAGGUGAUACAUUCAUGCAUCAUACGGGAUGCUUCAGUUCAUUUUUUUGAAGUCAAAUCCACAACUGCUGCACACUCCUGUCUUCAUCCAUUUCUCUUGACACUCUCCUUCUGACUGGGCUGCCUCUUAAGUUACUUGCUUGACUGUUUGCUUAAUGUGGUUCAGAAAAUAUUAUUUAAAUCUUUGCUUUAUGUGUUAACCAAGUCAUUUGGUUAGCUUAUUUGACAAACUACGAUUUAGUGUGGUAUUUCAGCCUAGCUAUUGUUUAUCUCUAUAUUACUCUUAUAACCCUUUUUUAAUUAAGUUACUUCUAAGCAUCACUGUUCUCUUUCAUGAUUAACCGGGAUGAUGUAAAAGCCAAAAUUAAGCAGUUCAUAAUGACCUCUAGGUUUUUUCAUUUGGGCUUUUAUGUCAUCACAAUUAAACAUUACCCAGAGCAGCAGGUAAUUUAAAAUGAAAUGGUUGACAGAAAUAGUACAAUGUGUUAGUGGUGUGUGUGAGAGACAAAUCAUGAAGAAUGGCAAGACAUUCGAUUGUAUAUUUUUAUUAACUCUCAUCCAAAAGUCAUUUCCAAAAGAAUGGCAGCUUUCAAAUGAUUCAAACUAGGACAUAUUGCAGUAGUUAUAUAGGGAGAGAGGCAGGCAGAUAGGACGGACAGCAAAUACUGGUUUGUGAUAAAUGUAACAUCAUUUAAUUAAGUCCUGCAUGUUUGAAAUGGCAGUGCUUUGGAGAUCUUGUCUGGUCUUGGAAGCUAAACACAGUUGCUACUCUUGUAGGUCAUACUAAGACUGCCAAUUAGACUGGGAAGUUGAACAAAAUAUCCCAAAGAAGGCAAUAGGAACCCUAUUCAUGUUGCUACAAAGAAACCUAUAUAGAGCUGUCCAUCAAAUGACAGGAGGCCAGCUUGGUUGGAAGAGCUUUUACUGAUACUUUUGAACUGUGACUUGGACCUGAACAUUCCAGUCAUGAUGUUUUUGGUGUAUUUUUGACCCAAUCACUUGUUAUCCCUCAUUCUAGCUCACUUUAAUUGCUCUUGUGAAAAAUUUGGAAGCCCCUUAGAGAGAAGGUUAGUUAUGAGAACUCACUACAUUGCUAGACUAUCAGAACAGAGUGGGAAUCACUGCCUUAAUAAUUAAAAAAAAAUCAUUUCCUAAUUAUCAUAUGUCUUCUUUCUCUACUCGUUGGUUGCUGUUGUUGUCUAUUUUUUGUUCACUUCCUGAUCUGCAAUUUCAUGUGAGUUUGAAAACUACUUCUAUCUCCCACACUCCGAUUUUGUGAAAGAUAAAUUCCCAUCUUAAUCUUAUUCAUUCUAGAAAUGUAGUACUGAGGGGCAAGAUAUUCAUCAUUAAAAGAGAAUGAACAUGUUUAGCAGUAACAGGUUUUGAAGAUGUAUCUUCACACCUGUCGAUUCAGAUACUUUGUCAGGAUAUUGUUUCAGCUUCCCAGUCUAGGCUAUAGCCAUGGCAUUUUUACCUAAUGAUUUUUCCUCCAUUCACUGGCUCCUCCAUCCCGUAUUUGGUUCCAAGUUCCGGAUAUUACUUCUUGCUAUACAAUACCAAAUAUGCAAAAAAAAAAAAAAA